AUUCGUGCACAUGAACGUGAUGCCGCCGAAACAUGAAGCUUAAAAAGUUCUGAAUUUUGAAUUUAGAGCUUUCAGCCCUGCGAUGCGCUAUCCUCUCGAGUGUUGCGACUUUUCUGAGACGUCAGCCAUGAUGCUCGAAGGGCUUGUCCGGUUCCUCAGCGAGGACAUCGACUUCAAGGCAGUCGUGUGUCUGAUCCUUGCCGGCGUCAGCUUGGUCGUGUCCAGCGGCUUCCAGUUGUACACAAAGAUCAGACCGCGCUUCCCCGUCACAGUGAACUGCUGGUUCUGCAACUCUGACAGCAAAGUGCACUUCAAGAGCCGCAACUCGUGGACGUGCCCAAAGUGCGAGCAGUACAAUGGAUUCACUCAGUCUGGCGACUACAAUAAAACAAUCCCAGCGCAAAUGUACGAGGGGUUGAACCGAGUUGUCCAGUCAGUCAAGUGGGAACCCUACUGUCCAACCCAGAACGGGCUCUGCAGAAAGUGCAACAUAAACCAGGAGCUGAAAGUGCAGCAGCUCGCUUCCUUUGUUCCUAUAGUGAAAGCGAAUUUUGACGAAGAGAUUGAAUUGUACAGACAGCGUCUUGAGACUGCUUACCGACUCUGUGCGGAGUGUGACACCAAACUGAGCUACAAAUUGAAUACAUUGAGUGCAUGGGUUGGUCGCUUGUACCCUCCUAAAGUGACCUUGAAUACUGACAAACCCUCAAAAACACACCCUAUUAUUGUGUGGACGUCCCGUGCCGUUCGCCUAUUCUCCUCUGCAGCGGCGCUCCUGGCGUGUUUCUUAGCUGCCGUUGAAGCAAACAGGAUAACUCCAUUGUGGACAGUCCCCAGCGUUUUGGACCCCUUCAUUACACAUUUUAGUAACCUGAGUCUUGGGGUGAGCGUUUUAAACUUGGGACUGGCGCUGAUGGCCGCAGCACUGACCAAGUCGAAGCUGCACACAAGCGACCUGGCUGCCUCGUUGCUUUGGUUUUUGACGGCUGUGCUUGACCUGGCCUCCACCAGGGUUGCGGGAAGCCAUGUCAAGCGAUUUACCGUCGCUCAUAUUGCUGUGACGGUCGUUGCCUGCCUAGCCACUGUGCUGGUUCACGUUCGUUAUCUGUUUGACAAGUCGGAGAAGAGCCUAGAAGUAGCAGAACCGAUUGUGAAACUGCAGGAGCCAGUGGAGCGUCCUGUUGAGCCGAUUCCCGACCCUCCAGAAGCAAAGGCUCAAUCAGAACUGGAGAAAACUCUUACCGCCUGCCAGGUGCCGGACUCUCCCGUGCGUCCGGUGCAGUCGAGUCUGCACUCGCUGUCCCUGGGGCCGUCGUCGUCGCCGCCGCGCUCGUCCUCCGCGUCCAUUUUCGAGACGCGCGUGUACACGCCCGGUGGGGGCUCGAGUCUGUUCCUCGAGGGCUGCGAGCCGGUGCGUCGACGCAAACCGAUCGUGCACCCACCCAAGUUCAACCCGUGGAACAACAGUUACUGCGUGGGGCCGGUGCCGCUGUCGCGGUCGUCCAGCCAGAGCUCGGGCUUCAUCUCGCAGAACGGCACCAACUACUCGAGCGUGCCCAACUCGCGCAGCGGCUCCGUGUGCGGCGACGCUGACCGCUUCUCCGUCCUCUCCGAGCCCAUCUACCCGUCGGCCUCGUUCAAGAGCUUCUGCACCGCCUGUCCGGCGCCGCCGCCAUCAUCAUCGCCGCUCUCCGUCUCGUUCAACAGCUCGGCCGGCUCACAAUCAGCCACGCUGCUCAACGAGUCCCUUCUCUCCCACGCUGGUAGUGGAUUUGGCGGUGGUGGGGAAAAGACGGUGUUCUGUCUGGUGCAGGAGCACUUCGGCCUGGCCACCGUCUUCCUCUGCAGCAUUGUGUUCAACGCGGUCGUGAUCGCACUGGCCGUGGCCAACUCGCUCAGCACGCCGCCACUUUCGCACUGAUCGCAUGCGGACGCGGACAAGUGGGUUGCGUGAUUUUGUCCCAAAUGAUUUUCAGAAAUUGGUGAUUUGGAAUUUGUUCAAAGAACUAGAUUGAAAUAAGAUGUAAAAUUAAUUCAAACCAUUUGGUUGUUAAAUAAUGUAUAAUAUUCCAAUUUUACUGGAAGUUACGGAAUUUUGCCUUAACCUGUAAGAAUGUUUGAAUAAUUGUAAAAAUUCCCUAGUUGAUAGGGGAAAUUUUCCAUUUGCUUGUAGGUCAGGAAGCGAAAUUUAAAAAUUGUGAAAGGAGAUCAAUUAACAGAAUCAACUGGAGCACUGGAUGUGUUUGAUUCUUGAAUUGAUCUCCUUAUAUAAAGUUAUUUAAUAACAAAUUUUGUCUCAAAAUCACGAUGAGGUAUGUAAAAUAUUUUAAAGGUAUUAGGACAUUUGAACAAACUCCAAAUCUCCUAUUUUGGUUUUAUUUUCGAAUGAACAAAGUACGCGACUCCGGAGAAGUGACUGAUUUUCUACAAGUGUAUGAUUUUUCAGUACGCCGGUUGAAAUCCGCCGGCGUGAUUGUGUUGCUGUGAAUUUUUAAAUGAUGUUGAAACCCAGGAUAUUGACGAUAAGUAAUGAUUGUUGCUUUCGUGAAUAAAAACUAACUGUAAAUCUUGUGUUUGUGUGCAGGGUUUCGAUUUGCUUAUUUGAAUUAUUUCCUCUCAUGGGGAAAUGACAUUACGCCAAGAUUUGUUACAACAUUCAGGGUAAAAAAUCAUUUUUAUCAUAAAAGUGAAAAAUUAAAUUUUUGCAAAUGAUAAAGAAAA